AUGACUGCAGUGGUGGUCAACGAUCAAGGUUUUCGGGAAAUAAUUCAGGGCGAACCAUUCCAGUAUGGUGAUCUCGACUUGAAGCACGAAGAGCUUCGUUUUCUCGUCCUACAGCGACGUCCAGCCGGGACGGGCCACGAGGGACUGGACGGCCUGGUCAGCUGCACCAUAGAGACCCAACUGCUUGCUCAUGCCGACCCAUUCAUAGCCGUCCGGAAUGCUCGAGGCUACCGCUUGCUUGAGGAACUGAUUCUCGUCGAUGGGAAGUGCCUCAUCGUCUCGGUCGCGUUGGAAAGGUUUCUUCGACACUUCACUCCAGCCGGAGACAAGCCCCUGAGACUCUGGAUUCGGUACGUAUGUGUCGAUCAGCAUAAUCCGAAUGAGAUGGCUCGCUACUGGACCCGCCAAUUCCAGGACAAAAUGUACGAGAUGGCGGAGUCGGUGGUGGACAUGCAACGUUUUCUGCGCGAUCUGCUGGACCGACGUGUGUUUGAAAGGGUGAUUGACUCCCGAUACAAGGAGUGGACGAAGAAGUGGCAAACUUUGCCAGAAACAUGGCCAUUGCCAAAGGUUUAUCCAAUCAGGCUCGGAAGCUAUUCUUCCAGCGAGCGGCCAACUCAAGCGUACCAGUAUGUGCCUUUAGACACCGUGGCCGACGAGACUCGCAUAAUCGUGAUCAAGCCAAAUGAGGACAAACAGGCACCGUUGGAACUCCAUCUUGCACACUGUCCGCUUGCCUCCGACGUGGGCUACUUCGCUUUAUCGUACACGUGGGGGGUCUCGGAAGACGACGUCCAAGUCACUGUGAUGGGUCAGUCGAUGCACAUUCGCAAGAACCUAGAACGAGUCCUUCGUGGCAUUCGGCCCUCCUCUUCGCCGCAUGCCUGCGCUGUGUGGGCAGAUGCCAUCUGCAUCAACCAGUCCGACACGAGCGAAAAGAACCACCAGAUCCCUCGCAUCGCUGAUGUCUAUGAUCGCGCCGCCGGUGUCAUCUGUGAUGUUGGUGAGGCAGACCAUUAUAGCGAACUUGCCCUGGACUUUGUCGAGCAUCUCCAAGAACCCAUCAUUCGCAUGGACACGCACUACGAGUUUAUCAUCGGGAAGCCAGACCGGAUCGAUCCGGACGACAUCCCCCGACUCUGUGCUGCGUUGUACCUAUUCUUGACGCGGCCUUAUUUCCGGAGGGUAUGGGUCCUGCAGGAGGUGGCUCUGGCAUCGAAUCCGGUGAUUUCUUGUGGAAUCGGAAUGCGAAAGGGAAUCGCCUUUGAAGCGCUCGAGACGGCAGCAGCCAAUCUGAGUGACAUGAUGUCUCGAGAUCCAGGCCUUGCUCAGAAAAUGGAGGAGUCUACUCCUGACUUGAGCAGCGUCGACCCGGCUCAGCUGCUCUUCAUUCGCAAGCUUCUUUACUUUCGCCAUCUCCACAUAGGCGGGAGCCGUGGUGGCUUUAUCAUGCAUGAUAUCAAAGACACCGCGCCCGGAUACCUCGAGUCUGCGAUCCUCGCCCGGGAUUUCGAAGCUGCAGUCCCCCAUGACAAGCUGUUCGCGCUGUGGAAUGUUGCACGCGACAAGACCGGUCUAGACUUUUCUGCGGACUAUUCACGCGCCUACGAGGAGGCUUACAUGGGCUUUACUAAAGCAUGGUGUGCCCACAGCGGUAGUCUUGAUAUGAUCGCAGCAUCCGAGUUCAGACAGCCCGUCGAAAAUCACGGGUUCUACUCCAAGGCAUCCUCAUGGUGUCCGGACUGGAGCACUCCGGCCCUCUCGAGCUCUCUCGUCCGUCGUGAGAGGUUUCGGCUGCAUCGGAUAUCGCUGCACGAUGAUUUGGACGGCCCAGUAUACUGCGCCGACGGCGGUGUCCGUCAACAGCCGGACUCAAACAAAUACUUCAAAUUCGUCGGCAACACGCUACAUUGCAUGGGCAUCAUUCUGGAUAAGGUGGACGGCAUUGCAGCCAGCAAAACCGAACAUCUGCCAAUGAGAGCGGUAAUUCCGGGGUUAGUGGAGUUUUGCAAAGACUUCUUCGCCAAGAACAAUAUCACCACUUACGACGAUGUGGCGCAGGCCAUGAUAGCAAUGGUCCACGGUGACUGCGUUGCUUCCUGGCCAAAGAAAGAAGGGAAUUCCAAGCUAUCUCCUGAUGAAGACCUUUGGACGGCGCCAUAUGCUUGCAUACCAUUCAAGCCAAGGCUGAACCCGGACCAGGACCCAAACCGGUCUCGCCACGUCCCCUCGUAUGGGGGAAGCUACUCGUCCCAAGAAGCGUGGGAGGUGGUGCGCAGCAUCAUGCGCGGCAGACACCUCUUUGUCUCGGAAAAGGGCUACAUGGGCUUGUUACCGGACUAUGUUGGCAGAGUCGGCGGUGGGGGCGACGACCGUGACCGUGACUAUAUCGGACAUGGCGGGCCGCUUCACCUGGCGAUCCUGGCGACGUGUUCAGUCCCGGUCUUGCUCGGCGAGCACCCAGAAAUCGAAGGCGCGUACAGGUUUCUGGGGACGUGUUUUGUGCAAGGGUGGAUGGAAGGGGAGGUUCUGAAGGCGGAGAUGGGCUGCGAUGAGCCGGCCGAGUUCUGGGAGGCUAUGGCAGGCACCGAGAAACUCAGGAUUGUAUGA